GCUUGUCCCGGGGUACUGGCUUCGGUCCCCUGCAGCCGGCCGGAGCGACGAGAGCCCAGCCGGGCCCGGCUCCGGCGGCGGCCGCGGCUCCUUGUGGAUUUCCUCGGCCGGGGCGUCCUCGGCGGCAGCGCCGGGAGCACGCCCCUACUCCAGGUGGGCAGCAUGUCUGUGCUUUUAGCAAUGGCCCUGCCUCAAACCCAGAAACCAUGGAGGAGAUAAGGUAGCCCUGCCCUGUCCCUGGAUCAGAUGGGGAAGCCCAGUUCGAUGGAUACGAAAUAUAAGGAUGACUUAUUUCGGAAGUAUGUGCAGUUCCAUGAGGGCAGAGUGGACACCACCCCCAGCAAGCAGCGGCCUGGCAGUGAUGAGUACCUUCGGGUGGCAGCCUCGACCCUACUCAGUCUACACAAGGUGGAUCCCUUUUAUCGAUUCCGGCUGAUCCAGUUCUAUGAAGUGGUGGAGAGUUCCCUGCGCUCACUCAGCUCUUCCAGCCUGCGGGCUUUGCACUGCGCCUUCAGUGUGCUGGAAACGAUGGGCGUCAACCUCUUCCUCUACCCCUGGAAGAAGGAAUUCAGAAGCAUCAAGACCUACACGGGCCCCUUCGUUUAUUAUGUCAAGUCGUCUUUACUGGAAGAGGACAUCCGAGCCAUCCUGCAUUACAUGGGCUACGUGCCUGAGUUAGGGACUGCGUAUAAACUCAAAGAGCUUGUGGAGACCCUCCAGGUGAAGAUGGUUUCCUUUGAGCUCUUUCUGGCCAAGGUAGAGUGUGAGCAGAUGCUGGAAAUCCACUCACAAGUCAAGGACAAGGGCUACUCCGAGCUGGACGUGGUGAGCGAGCGCAAGAGCAGUGCGGAGGAUGUGCGUGGCUGCUCUGAGGCCCUGCGGCGGCGGGCUGAGGGCCGGGAUCACCUGACGGCCUCCAUGGCCCGUGUGGCGCUCCAGAAGUCUGCCAGCGAGCGGGCAGCCAAGGACUACUACAAGCCUCGGGUGACCAAGCCCUCGAGGUCAGUAGAUGCCUAUGACAGCUACUGGGAGAGCCGGAAGCCACCCCUGAAGGCCUCGUUGAGCCUGCGGAAGGAGCCCAUGGCACCAGACUUGGAAGAUGACCUCAAGGAUGAGAUCAUCCGCCCAUCCCCCUCGCUCCUGACCAUAUCUAGCUCCCCCCACGGAAGCCCGGAUGACCAGCCAUCCCCCUCCCCCAACAACGGCCUCGGCCUCCUGCGUGGCACGUACUUCUCCGCUCAGGAAGACGUGGAUCUGUACACAGACUCAGAGCCUAGGGCCACAUACCGGAGGCAGGAUGCCCUGAGGCCAGACGUGUGGCUGGUCAGGAAUGACGCCCACCCCCUCUACCACAAGCGCUCACCCCCCGCCAAAGAGUCCUCCCUGUCCAAGUGCCAAAACUGCGGGCUGUCCUGCAGCUCCUCCCUCUGCCAGCGCUGUGACAGCCUGCUUGCCUGUCCCCCAGCCUCCAAGCCGGGCGCUUUCCCUGGCAAGUCCUCUGCCCACGACAGCCUGGCCCACGGGUCGUCUCUACGGGAGAAGUAUGCAGGCCAGACUCAGGGCCUCGAUCGGCUGCCGCACCUCCACCCCAAAUCCAAGCCCUCCACCACAGCCACCUCCCGCUGUGGCUUCUGUAACCGCCCAGGUGCCACCAACACCUGCACCCAGUGUUCAAAAGUCUCCUGCGACGGCUGUCUCAGCGCCUACCAUUACGACCCCUGCUGCAAAAAGAAUGAGCUGCACAAGUUCAUGCCCAACAACCAGCUGAACUACAAGUCCACCCAGCUCUCCCAUCUCGUGUAUAGAUAGACUGGACCUGGCAUCCCCUGCUCCAAGGGCUACAGCACUGACUUUCUGGUUUCCCCCCUGGGAAGUAGUGUUGAUGUGUUGAUCUCAGAAGCCGAGACCUGCAUUUGACAUGUAGGUGUCAGGGGAUCGUGGGGUUGGCCGCAUACCAUGUGGGAGUUCCCAUGGUGACCCAGAUACUUCAACUGAUGGCUGCUUUGUCGCCUGACAAGGGAGAGGGUGGCACUUCCGUUCAGAUUCAUUUUGCUAAUCUCUCCACUCCCUAUUCCGUUGUUUUGUUUUCGAGGAGGAUUUCUGAGACUCUUGCCACACCCACCUCUUCCACUGCAAAGCCAACUUGGACUGGGAAGGGCCCUCCAGGUCACCUCCAAAUGCCCACCUGGAGCGCCGAGCUAGAGGCCUGUUGGCUUGUGAAAUGAGCCCUCCUGCCACACGGGGCCUCUUCCAAUGGCUCAUCCUUUGGCCGCCCCCUUCCCAAAUACAAGGAUCUCCCACCUGGAUCCCCCCCCCCCCCCAACGCUGACUUCCACCUGUCUAAGUCUCAAGGGUGGACUGUGUCCAGUAUUCACUGAAUGGCAUCCUGUUGCCAGCACAGCUCAGUGCGGCCCGUGGUGUUUGUGCACUUUGCUCCAGCGCAUCGAAGUGUGGACCGUCCACGGCGGGAUAGACUUUUCCCCUUUCUGUUGUUUGCACAUGCCCCUCUUACUGUACUGUAAAUAGAUAUUUUUGAGAUUUAUUUUUAAAUAAAUAUUCAACUUGC